UUGUUUUAUUUUUUGAUUUUCCCUCUCAUGUAUAUACAAACUAAUCAUUUAUGAUUCAGUCGCCACAUUAUCAUCAGAAUCAUGAUCACAGAUCUACACUAAAAAAAACUCGAAAAAACCGAAAAGAAAUGGCAACUCUAGUGCCGGGAGUACUAAUAAAACUCCUCCAAACAAUCGAUUCCAACCUCAAAAUCCGAGGCGAGCACCGAUCAAUCCUCUUACAAGUAAUCAGCAUAGUACCCGCAAUAACGGGGUCUGAAUUAUGGCCCGAAAACGGCUUCUUCGUCAAGGUCUCCGAUUCUUCACACUCAACCUACGUUUCACUGUCGAAGAACGACACGGAUCUCAUACUCAACAACAAGCUCCAGCUCGGGCAGUUUCUGUAUGUGGACAGAAUGGAGGGUGGGACCCCGGUCCCGAUUCUGGUCGGGGUUCGGCCAAUCCCGGGCCGCCACCCGUUUGUUGGAAAUCCGAAGGAUUUGAUGCAGUUGGUUGAUAACGACGGCGGUGAUGGUGACGUGGCGGUCGUUGGCGUUGACGGUGAUGAAAGUGGCGGGAAGAAGAAGAUUGUGAUAAAAGAGGAGAAGGGGGGAGUUGCAUCUAGGUAUAUGCAGGGUAAUUAUUUGAAGCACAAAAUUGAUGUUAAAGAAAUUGAUCAAAGCUCUUUUAUUGGUGGUGGUGGUGGUGGUGGUGGUGGUGGCGGCGGUGGUGGUGGUGCAUCUUUUAAAGCAACUACUAAGCUUAAUACUGAUCAUCAGCUUAAAGGUCAGCCAGGUGCACCAGCAGCAAGUCCUGAAGUUGGUCAAACACAUAAUAAACCAGACACAGAUUCAGCUAGCAGCAAACCGGAAUUUACUUCUUCCAGGAUCAAAUCCACUAACAAACAAGAAAACAUCAAUUUCAAUUCUUUCUCAAAUAAUAAGAAGCAAUUAUCUUCACCUGAACCAAUAAUAUCUUCUUCAUGGUCAACUCUUCCACCCACACUUGUCAAGUCUGCAAAGGGAAUGCUUAGAAGGGGAAACUUGGCUUCUUUGGUAGCAGCACAAGCACAAAAAGAAGCCAAUUUAGCAGCCAAUCUUGCCAAGUGCCUCAGUAUAUUCGCGGAUCUUUACUCAUCGGCCUCACCGGAAAAUCCACACCUCCAUUUAUCAAAAUUCUUCACACUCCAACACCUCAUCGACAAAGCAGACACCGCUACUCCGACGCCGGAUUCAUGGCAGUUUCUACAAACACCCCCACUCCAAAAGCACCACCUCAGCAAAAAACCCGGUUCAUCUUCGUCACUACAGCAUCGUAAAACCUCCAUGAAAAAACCCGGUUCAUCGGAUCAAGCCGAAUGGGCGAAGGGGGAUGAUGCGUCCAAGGAAGCCCUCGAACUCAGGAAGCUUCUCGAGAGCGAAACCCAGUCGUGGUUUCUGGGUUUCUUGGCCGAUGCACUCGAAAUUGGGUUCCGAUGCGGCGGCGGUGGCGGCGGCGGGCAGUUGGAGAAGAAGGGGUUUAAGGAGGUAGGUAGUGCGGCGAGAAUUGUGGAGCAGAAUAACCAGAUUGCUUUAACGCUGUCGCUGCUGAAGCAGGCGACUGAAUGGCUGGAUAAGGUCAGGAGCGCCGCCGCGGGCGGCGGCGGAGCGCCGCCGGGAUCGGAGAAACUGGUGGAGAGCGUUGAUGGGUUGAAGCAGAAAGUUUAUGGGUGUUUGCUGCUUCAUAUUGAUUCUGCUGCAUCAGCUUUGGAAACCAGAAACUCACUCUGAUUUUUAUAUAUUGUUAAAUGCUUAAUUUUAAUUUAUGUUCAAGAAUUUUUUUUCAAGUUAUAUUAUUUUAUUUAUUUUUUAAUUGGACACCUUCAUUGUAAUUGUGGAAAACAAUGUUUUGAAAAUCGGACCGAAUAUUAAAUCGGAUACACUUUUGGAUUA